CGUGCAAACGUGAUUCUACACAAAGAAAAUUGUCAACAAUAACGCGUCACAAAGUAUUGGAAAAAGGCUAUGUCAAUUAAAAAAUUGUCAAAUUUCAUGGUACUGAUUUGAUUCACGUAGUAGCGUGACAUGUGUUUUGUGCUUCGAAGAGGCUCGAGCGGAUAACGAAGAAAGUGACAAAACAGAAAACGCUUGCAAAGUGUAGCUGUCCGUGCAAGUGCAUGCGACGGAUUUAACGUAUUGAAACAAGUUCCUUCUAUCUUUUUAUACAACCUGGAAAUUACUUCGUAAACUUAAUCACUUGUUUCAAGAACAACAUUAGCAAUUUCGCGGGGAAAAUUUCGGAGGUUAUCCGAUUUCUAGUUUUCAUACUUAUAAAACUGUGAACAUUUUAUAAAUGGCCGGUGCGAUGUUGUUCGAACGUGCACAAGCAGUUUCAAUUACGAACCGCAGCGAAGGUAUUUCGCUUUUAAAUGAAAUCGUUUCCGAUCCAAAUAUCGGUGUUACGGAGGAUGACGAAGAUAACAUUCGUGUGAAGGAGCAAGGUAUCUUGCAUCUUGGUGAACUUUACAAGAAAGAAGGCAAGGCUAAAGAAUUGGCAGAAUUAAUCAAAGCUACCAGACCAUUUCUUAGCUUGAUUAGCAAAGCAAAAGCUGCUAAACUUGUACGAUCUUUAGUAGACUUUUUCUUGGAUUUAGAAGCUGGUAUUGGCAUUGAGGUACAAUUAUGCAAGGAAUGUAUAGAAUGGGCAAAAGAAGAACGUAGGACUUUCUUAAGGCAAUCGUUAGAAGCACGUUUAAUAGCAUUAUAUUUCGAUACUGGUAUGUACAGUGAGGCAUUGCAGCUGGGAUCAGCUUUACUCAAAGAACUUAAAAAGCUGGAUGAUAAACAACUUUUGGUUGAAGUUCAAUUAUUGGAAAGUAAAACCUAUCAUGCACUGAGUAACUUAGGAAAAGCAAGGGCUGCUCUUACCAGUGCCAGAACAACUGCAAAUGCAAUUUAUUGCCCGCCUAAGAUGCAAGCUGCUUUAGAUUUACAAUCAGGGAUUUUACAUGCCGCCGAUGAACGAGAUUUUAAAACUGCAUAUUCUUAUUUUUACGAAGCAUUCGAGGGGUAUGACAGCGUGGAAAGUCCAAAGGCUUUAACAGCUUUGAAGUACAUGCUGCUUUCAAAAAUAAUGUUACGUACACCUGAAGAUGUUCAAUCAAUUAUGUCAGGAAAAUUAGCUGUUAAAUACGCAGGAAGGGAUUUAGAGGCAAUGCGAGCGGUUGCCGAAGCCAGCCAUAGACGUUCACUGGCAGAAUUUCAGACUGCCGUAAAAAAAUAUCGCGAAGAGCUAGAAGACGAUGUAAUCGUUCGUGCUCACCUCGGCUCCCUCUAUGAUGCGAUGCUUGAACAAAAUUUGUGUCGCUUGGUCGAACCUUAUUCACGUGUACAGGUCAGCCAUAUCGCGACCUCUAUAUCAUUACCACUUGCGCAAGUGGAAAAGAAGCUUUCACAAAUGAUAUUGGAUAAAAAGCUAAGGGGUGUUCUCGAUCAGGGCGAAGGCGUCUUAAUCGUCUUCGAAGAUACUCCGCGCGAUAAGACUUACGAGAUUGCAUUAGAUACUCUACACAGCAUGGGGAAGGUCGUCGAUACACUUUACCAAAAAGCAAAGAAACUCACUUAG